AUGAAAUUAGACUUAUUUUUGCUGAUUUUCAUUGGAUAUUUUGUCAGAGUUUCCUAUUCUGAUGGACAUAAUGGAAAACAUGUGCACGUUAAAAUAUACGUUCCAGUCCACAAGCACACGCACAAACACACGCAGGUCAUCUACAAAAAGCCGAAAGAAGAAAAGAAAAUUAUAAUCCACAAGCAUCAUCAUAAACAUGGUCACGGUCAUAAGCAUGGACACAAGCAUGGCCAUAAACAUAAGCACGGCCACAAGCAUAAACACGACCACCAUCAUGGACACAAACAUCAUCAUGGACAUAAGCACAAACAUGAUCAUAAACAUAAAGGUGGUCACCAUCACCAUGGACAUCACAAACAUCAUACCUAUGAAAUAAGGGGACUAAACGAUGGCUUCAAACCAUCCCCUGAAGCAAUAAACACUUUCGCUUCCAUCCCCACCUACAACGACAUAAACUCGGGUCCAGAGCCUGAAUAUAAUGACGAUGACGACAGCUAUCUCAAUUCCCACAAAUCCAUUAGAAGCGAAAGCUUUCACCUCACCGAAGCCAAAAAUUCAGCUGCCAACGAUCCCAUUGGCCAACAUUUCAUAACCGGCAGCUACAAAGUCCAGGAAACUGAUCCUAACGACUUUGGCAGAAAUGAAUAUCAUAAAAUCUUCAAAGCUCCUGCAGCUAACAUUAAUCUAGUCCAAUCCAGUUAUCAGCCGGAAGAUGAAUCUGAGGAUGAAGAUGCUGGGGCGGAAGAUGAAGAAUAUUAUGACGAUGGUGAGCAAGUGGAAGAUGAUGGGGAAACAGAAGACUAUGACUACGCAGAAAUUAUAGGUACCACGCAAAAAAGAGGAGCGCAAGAGCAGGCGAAUGGAAUCGAAGCUCUGAAGCAGUUUUUUCAUAAUCAAAUCUAA